AUGAGUAUCCUUUACUCAGCAGUUUGCUGUGGAUCACGUGUGUUAUGCGAACAAGCGAUUGGAUCGAUUGAUUAUGGGAAGGCUGUCCGGACCCAGCUAGAAAACUCGGUACAGGAAUUUAUUACUUGUCCUUUGGAGGGUCGAACUUACAGUUGUUAUACAUUCAAUGGUAUCAGUUAUGUUGCCGUUACGUCUAUGUCUACUUCUCAACAACAAACUCUUAACUUCCUCAAAAGUAUAUAUGCUGCGUUUACAUCUGACCAAUCUAGAGUUUUGGAAGCUCAGUCUGGUUCUGAACAUUGUCAUCAAGUCGAUUUCGGUCGAACUUUAUCUGCAAUGAUGGCGGACUUUAACAGUCAAUCAGCAACGCGUUUGAUGGAUCUUAGAAACCAAGUUAAUGAUGUUACUCUUAUUAUGCAACAAAAUCUAACCGAUCUGAAUGAACGUGAAGAUAAGUUGGACGAUCUCUUUGGCAAAACCGAUCAAUUUCGAGACCAAGCUGAAAUGUUCCAGAGUACUGCCAAGCGAGUGAAGGAUAAGACAUUCUAUGAAAAUUGCCGAAUGCGUAUGCUAUUAUUUGGAUGCGUUUUUGUCAUUGUUUUAAUUAUCGUGUUGAUCAUUCUUUGGCAAGCUGGUGUCUUCGGUUGA